CACUACUAUAUAACAAAUAAUUUGAGAUCAAAAUGACUACCACAGAAGAAGUUCCAGUGAAUAAGAACAAAAAGUAUCGCAAACCCAAACCAUGGGACACAGAUGAUAUUGAUCAUUGGAAAAUGGAAGAGUUCAAAGUUGGGGAUAUGAGCUCCCAUCUUUUGGAAGAAAGCUCAUUUGCUACACUUUUUCCAAAAUACAGAGAAAAGUACUUACAGCAGGUGUGGCCGAACGUGGUUAGUUGUUUGAAGGAAUUUGGUGUUCACGCUCUUCUAGACUUAAUCGAGGGUAGUAUGACUGUAAAAACUACCCGGAAGACAUGGGAUCCAUAUGUCAUUGUAAAGGCUAGAGAUAUGAUCAAGCUACUCGCUAGGAGCGUUCCCUUUGAACAAGCAAAGCGGGUACUUCAAGACGAAAUGACCAGUGAUGUUAUCAAGAUUGGAAACGUGACUUCUAACAAGGAGAGAUUUGUUAAGAGGCGACAACGUCUCGUUGGGCCCAACGGCAACACUCUUAAGGCGCUAGAACUGCUAACAGAAUGCUACAUUAAAGUACAGGGAAGCACCGUGGCUGCUCUAGGUCCUUACAAAGGAAUCAAACAGGUCCGGAACAUUGUUAUGGACACCAUGAACAACAUCCAUCCCAUCUACAAUAUCAAAAUACUGAUGACUAAGAGAGAGCUGAUGAAAGACCCGGCCCUAAAAGAGGAAUCAUGGGACAGAUUCUUGCCCCAAUUUAAAAAGAAGAAUGUUCAAACGAAGAAACCAAAGAAACAAGUAGUAAAGAAGAAGUAUACUCCCUUCCCACCUCCUCAACAACCCAGCAAGGUAGACUUGCAGUUAGAAUCAGGAGAGUAUUUCAUGAAGGAGAUUGAGAAGAAACAGAAGAAGAACGAUGAGAAGGAGCAGGCAACACAGGAGAAGACAGCUCAGAAGAGGAAGGAGAAAGAAGCUGCGUUUGUUGCUCCCAAAGAGGAAAACUUGCAGCUGAAUGAUAAGGUUGUGGAGACGAAUGAUGCGAGUGUGGAUAUUGAAGCUUUAAAAAGGAAACUGAAGAGCAAAAACCUGAAGAGUGCUGGUAUUCCAAAAAUUGCUUCAAAUGAGAUCGAAGAUAGUCCAGCCGUAUCAACAGAAUCGAGCGAAGUCCCAAAGAAGAAGAAAAAGAAGAAAACCAAGUUGAACAGUGAUAGUGAAGCCUUGCUGCAGAAUAAUAACCCGGAAGAUGGUUCAGAUAAUGUUGCACCAAAGAAAAAGAAGAAGAAAAAAGUUUUGUCAGACGUUGUCUUAGAGUCGACCAGUGACCAACUGAUCGGAGAGGAAAGCGUGGUAAAUUCUGGGAAGAAACGAAAAAAGUCAAAAGAUAAGAUUGUGACAUCUGAAAAUGUUGAGAAUGACGCAGCUUCGCCCAAGAAAAAGAAGAAGCUAAAAAAGGAAAAGUCCUGAGAAACUGAUGAUUUUAACUUUUCAUUUUUUAACCGAUUUUCCCCGAUAUAUUUAAAGCACUUUGCGCUCCGUAUCAGUAUCAAACCAUUUCUUUGGGGAUUAGGGAAGUUAAUUUAUUAUUUUCAUUUUGAGUCGCUGAUUGUGUUCAGUUUUUAGCACGAUAAUGUCAUUUACCUGUGGUGGUUUA